AUGGCGGACCAAAACAUCUCGCAAUACAAGUACUCGGCGAUGUCCAACCUGGUCCUCCAGGCGGACCGUCGUUUCAUCAGCCGCGUCAAUGACGAGCCUACAGGCGAUCCAGAGUCACUCGCGGGCCGGAUUGGAAUCCGAGAAAUGGGUGGGCGAGUAGCACGCGAAAAUGUGCCAAAAUCCAAGAAGAAGCCCGCCACCGAUCUCGAGCGUGGCGCCAUCCACGAGGGCGAAGAUGUGCUUCUGCGGGAACAGAGGAAACGUCAGCGAGGUCAGCCAGCGCAACAACGCGGGCAAGGCAUUUUAUCAGCGGCAGAUGCCUUAGUGGAAGGUCUCAAAUAUCGCCCCCGAACGCCAGCCACGCGAGCGACUUACGAUCUCAUCCUCACGAUAACCGGAACAAAUUUGGGGGACGUUCCACACGAGGUCGUGCGCAGUGCAGCCGAUGCCGUCCUUGAAUUACUCAAGGAUGAGGAUAUGAAAGACUUUGAUAAAAAGAAGGAAAUCGAUGAUCUUUUGGGUACUUCAAUGAAUCCGAAAGAGUUCAACGAGCUUGUCAAUCUGGGCAAGAAAAUCACCGACUACGACGCUCAAGACGACGAUGAGGAAAUGGACGGUGGAUUGGAUGAAGAGGGCGAGCUUGACGAACGUCAGGGUGUCGCUGUAGUCUUUGACGAAGAAGACGAGGACGAGGAUCGUAUGGGUACUGUGGACGAAAUUCGGGAAGAGGACUCUGAUGAAGAGGACGCCGAUGAGCAGGACCGGGUCGACACGUACGGCGCUGCUGCAGAGGAUCGAGACGCUGAAGAUGAAAUGAUAAUCGACGGUGGAUUGAAGCAGGGCGAUAAGUCGCAGGACCAAACUGGAAUGACGAUACCCGCUCGCGAGAUCGAUGCGUACUGGCUUCAACGUCAAAUUGGUGCUUUGUAUCCCGACGCCCACAUUCAGCAAGAAAAGACCAAGGAAGCCCUCGAAAUAUUAGGUGGCCAGGCUGAGGACGGGUCCGAAAAGCCUCUUCGCGAUGUCGAGAACGAUCUCAUGGAGCUGUUUGAUUACGACCACCCCGAGCUUGUUGCAAAAUUGGUCUCCAACCGGUCCAAGAUCGUCUGGGUUACCAGGUGGAGGCAGGUUGCUGAGGAUGCAGAUGCUAGAAACCUGGUGGAAAGCCAGAUGGUCGAGACUGGCCAUCGUGCAAUUUUGGACGAGAUCCGUGGCAAGACCACUGAGGACGUUUCCCACCGCUCCGGGAAGAUUAAGCUCGACCUUAUGGACGUCGAUGUUCCCUCCGCGCCUGAGGCUGAAGACCUGAAACAAGUGGGCGAGAAUGGCCUGGUCGGCGGCUUACAGCCAAAGCGCUUAAUCAACCUGGAAAACCUCGUCUUUCAUCAGGGUAAUCAUCUCAUGACCAAUCCCAACGUCAAACUACCCCAGGGUUCUACAAAGCGCACAUUCAAGGGAUACGAAGAAAUUCACGUCCCUCCUCCACAAGCCAAAAAGCUGCCCGGUGAGAAGAACAUUCCGACCACGGAACUUCCGGACUGGGCGCGUGUGGGCUUUGGUAGCUCGAAAGAGUUAAACCGAGUCCAGACAAAGUGUUAUCCCAGCGCAUUCCACGAUGAUGGCAAUUUGCUCGUCUGCGCCCCUACUGGAUCCGGAAAGACGAACGUCGCCAUGCUCACUAUUCUCCGCGAGAUUGGCAAGAAUCGUAACCCCGAGACUGGAGAGAUCAUGCUGGACGAUUUCAAGAUCAUCUACAUCUCUCCACUGAAAGCUCUUGUCCAAGAACAAGUUGGAAACCUCGGGAAGCGUCUUGAGCCCUACGGCAUUCGGGUUUCUGAACUCACAGGUGAUCGUCAACUCACCAAGCAGCAAAUCGCCGACACUCAGAUCAUUGUCACCACCCCUGAAAAGUACGACGUCAUCACGAGAAAGGCCUCAGAGACGAGUUAUACGAACCUCGUGCGACUCAUUGUGAUUGACGAAAUUCACCUUCUUCACGACGACCGUGGCCCUGUUCUGGAGAGCAUUGUCAGCCGAACCAUUCGCCGGGUCGAGCAGACUGGUGACCCCGUUCGAAUCGUCGGUCUCAGUGCCACUCUGCCUAAUUAUCGUGAUGUAGCGAGCUUCCUCCGUGCUGAUCCCGAGACGGGUGUCUUCCACUUCGAUGGUUCAUACCGUCCUUGUCCGCUGAAGCAAGAGUUUAUUGGAGUGACUGAUAAGAAGGCUAUUAAACAACUCAAGACAAUGAACGAUAUCUGUUACAACAAGGUCAUGGAGCAAGUUGGCCAGAAACGAAACCAGAUGUUGAUCUUCGUUCAUUCUCGCAAGGAAACCGCCAAGACUGCGAAGUACAUCAGAGACAAGGCUAUCGAGAUGGAGACUAUCGGGCAAAUCCUUCGCAGUGAUGCUGCAAGUCGUGCUAUCCUCUCAGAGGAAGCCGAUUCGGUUGAUGACGCAUCAUUGAAAGAUCUCCUUCCCUAUGGUCUUGGUAUUCAUCAUGCUGGUCUCAGUCUCGCUGACCGUGACUCCGUGCAAGCCCUCUUUGCUGAUGGCAGUAUUCAAGUUCUUGUCUGUACCGCAACCCUCGCCUGGGGUGUCAACCUGCCUGCGCAUACUGUCAUCAUCAAAGGAACACAAGUGUACUCCCCAGAGAAGGGUAGCUGGGUUGAGCUAAGCCCUCAAGACGUUCUGCAGAUGCUGGGACGUGCUGGUCGACCUCAAUACGAUACUUUCGGUGAAGGUAUCAUCAUCACUUCGCAAUCUGAGAUCCAGUACUAUCUCUCGCUCAUGAAUCAACAGUUGCCCAUCGAGUCACAACUCAUGAGCAAGCUCGCUGACAACUUGAACGCCGAGAUCGUGUUGGGUAACGUCCGAACGCGUGAUGAAGGCGUUGAGUGGCUGGGUUACACUUAUCUCUUCGUUCGCAUGCUUCGAUCCCCUGGACUGUAUAGCGUUGGAGCGGACUACGAGAAUGAUGAUGCGUUGGAACAGAAACGUGUGGAUCUGAUUCAUUCGGCCGCGGCUGUACUUGAGCGGGCUGGACUUGUCAAGUACGAGAAAAAGACUGGUCGCCUGCAGUCAACUGAGCUCGGCCGCAUUUCUUCCCACUACUACAUUGGGCACAACUCCAUGCUUACUUACGCUCAACACCUUCAGCCUUCCAUCACGACGAUUGAGCUAUUCCGAAUCUUCGCUCUGAGCGAUGAGUUCAAGUACAUUCCCGUUCGUCAGGAUGAAAAGCUUGAGCUUGGCAAACUCUUGGGCCGAGUUCCUGUCCCCGUGAAAGAAACCAUCGACGAACCCCAUGCCAAAAUCAACGUCCUUUUGCAGGCUUACAUUUCACGACUGAAGCUCGAUGGCCUUGCGCUUAUGGCUGACAUGGUCUAUGUCACUCAGUCUGCGGGUCGUAUUAUCCGUGCAAUUUUCGAAAUCUGCCUCAAAAAGGGAUGGGCCUCAGUGGCCAAGACAGCCUUGGAUCUAUGUAAGAUGGCCGAGAAGCGUAUGUGGCCAACCAUGUCUCCGCUCCGUCAGUUCCCUGGCUGCCCCAGAGAUAUUCUCCAGAAAGCCGAGCGUAUUGACGUGCCAUGGCCUAGCUAUUUCGACCUGGACCCCCCUCGAAUGGGCGAGUUGCUUGGCAUGCCCAAGGCCGGUCGUGUUGUCUGCGAUCUUGUUUCCAAAUUCCCUCGACUUGACGUUCAGGCUCAAGUGCAACCUAUUACCCGCUCCAUGCUACGUGUUGAGCUUACCAUCACACCCAACUUUGUGUGGGAAGAUUCUGUGCAUGGAGCUGCGCAAGAAUUUUGGAUCCUGGUCGAAGAUUGCGAUGGCGAGGAGAUUUUGUACCAUGACCGCUUCCUCCUGCGUCGCGAGUUUGCCAUUUCUGAAAUGAACGAGCACAUGGUUGAAUUCACAGUCCCGAUCACUGAACCAAUGCCUCCCAAUUACUUCAUCUCCUUGGUCUCUGAUCGGUGGAUGCAUUCUGAAACGAAAAUUGCUGUCUCCUUCCAGAAACUCAUUCUUCCCGAGCGCUUCCCGCCUCAUACUCCUUUGCUGGAUAUGCAGCGAGCGCCAGUCAAGGCGCUGAAGCGUGACGAAUUCCAGAAGUUGUAUCCUGGUUGGGAGCACUUCAAUAAGAUUCAAACCCAGGUCUUUAAGUCUGUGUUUGACUCUGACGAUAACGUCUUCAUUGGGGCACCUACAGGAAGCGGAAAGACCGUGUGUGCCGAGUUGGCUCUAUUGCGUCACUGGGCCACCGAAAAGGAAGGUCGUGCCGUUUAUGUCGCACCAUUCCAGGAGCUCAUCGACCAGCGUCUGGCUGAUUGGGACAAACGGCUGAGCGGUAUUGCUGGCGGCAAGACCAUCGUCAAGCUGACCGGUGAAACGACGGCAGAUCUGAAGCUUCUGGAACAAGCCGACCUUGUUCUUGCGACACCUGUGCAGUGGGAUGUUCUUUCCCGCCAAUGGCAGAGACGCAAGAAUGUCCAAACGGUGCAGCUGUUUAUUGCAGAUGAGCUGCACAUGCUUGGUGGCUUCGGCGGUUACAUUUAUGAGAUGGUCGUGUCUCGUAUGCACUACAUGGCUCUCCAGACGGAGAACGAGAUGCGGAUUCUCGGCCUAAGUGUGCCACUCUCUAAUGCUCGUGAUCUCGGUGAAUGGAUCGGUGCCAACAAGCAUACCAUUUACAACUUCAGCCCCCAUGCUCGCCCCGUACCCUUGGAGCUGCACAUCCAGUCAUUCAACCUCCCCCACUUCCCCUCUCUCAUGCUUGCCAUGGCCAGACCGGCCUACCAGGCGAUCUUGCAGCUGUCUCCGGAUAAACCUGCGCUGGCCUUCGUUCCCAGCCGCAAGCAGGCUCGCUCAACGGCAAUGGAUCUCUUGGCGGCCUGUGCAAUGGAUGACAACGAGGACCGUUUCUUAAACGCCGAUGUCGAGGAGCUAGCACCCCUUCUUUCGCGUGUUCAGGAACAAACUCUUGCCACGUCUUUGAGCCACGGUAUUGGCUACUAUCAUGAGGCUCUGAGCCAGACUGACAAGCGCAUUGUUUCUCAUUUGUUCAACAUCGGCGCCAUCCAGGUUCUUCUUGCCUCGCGCGAUGUCUGCUGGGAGCUGAACCUGACCGCACACUUGGUGAUCGUGAUGAACACUCAGUUCUUUGAAGGCCGCGAGCAUCGUUACAUUGACUAUCCGAUCAGCGAGAUUCUCCAGAUGUUCGGAAAGGCGUCCCGUCCCGGCGUAGACAAGACUGCUCGUGGUGUGCUCAUGGUGCCGGCUGUUAAGCGAGAAUAUUACAAGAAGUUCCUGAACGAGGCUUUGCCUGUUGAGAGCCAUCUUCAGGUGUAUUUGCACGAUGCAUUUGUGACCGAGGCCAGUACCCGCACUAUCACGUCAACGCAGGACGCUGUGGACUGGAUGACAUAUUCCUACUUCUACCGUCGUCUACUCGCUAAUCCCAGCUUCUACGGUCUUAGCGACGUGAGUCAUGAAGGUCUCAGCACUUUCUUGUCCGAGUUGGUGGAGACGACGCUCAAGGAGUUGUCUGAGGCGAAGAUCAUUGAUCUCGACGAGGAAGACGACAGUGUUUCUCCACUGAACGCUGCAAUGAUCAGCGCCUACUACAACAUCUCCUUCAUCACCAUGCAGACCUUCUUGUUGUCUUUGUCGGCUCGCACGAAGCUGAAGGGUAUUCUGGAAAUUGUUACCUCCGCGACCGAAUUCGAAUCGGUCCAGAUGCGUCGUCACGAGGAUCAUAUUCUUCGCCGCGUGUACGACCGAGUGCCCGUGAAGAUGUCAAAGCCCGCGUUUGACUCACCACACUUUAAGGCCUUUGUUCUCCUUCAGGCUCACUUCUCCCGGAUGCAACUCCCUAUCGAUCUCGCCAAGGACCAGGAAGACAUUGUUCGCAAGGUGCUCAACCUCCUCAGCGCUUGCGUUGACGUCCUUUCAUCCGAAGGACAUCUGAAUGCCAUGAAUGCCAUGGAACUCUCACAGAUGGUAGUCCAAGCGAUGUGGGAUCGCGACAGUCCUCUCAAGCAAAUUCCUCACUUCUCUCCCGAGGUGAUUGAGGUUGCCAAGGAAUAUGGCAUCAAUGACAUCUUUGAGUUCAUGGAAGCCAUGGACCCCUCGGAGAACAAGGAUUACGCCACCCUUGUCAAACGUCUGGGUCUCAACAACAAGCAAUUGGCACAAGCCGCCGCGUUCACCAACGAGAAAUACCCCAGCAUUGACCUUGACUUUGAGGUUGAAGAUCCCGAGAAUGUCACAUCUGGGGAGCCAGCCUACCUGAAGAUUAAGGUCCAGCGAGAGGUGGAAGAGGACGAGGAAGUUGACACAACCGUGCACGCACCCUUCUACCCCACCGAAAAGAUGGAGAACUGGUGGCUGGUUGUGGGCGAGGAGAAGACAAAGAACUUGCUGGCCAUCAAGCGUGUCACGAUCGGUCGCAAACUUGACCUGCGCCUUGAGUACAUCGUGCCCACGCCGGGUGAGCACGAGUUGACGCUCUACCUGAUGAGUGACAGUUACGUUGGGGUUGAUCAAGCUCCCACCUUUACCGUGAAUGCGGCUGAGGGCAUGGAUGAGGAUGAGAGCGAGGAAGAGGACGAGGAAGAGUAG